AUGGACCCCCCAGAAACAAACCCAACCCAAGAACCCGACAAGCAACCCAAACCAGGUAAAUUCCGCUUCAAAACCUCAAAAGACAAGUCCAGGUCUCGACGAGACGACACAACCUCCACCCAUCGUCAUAGCAGCCACAGACAUGCCUCCCACCGCCACAGAUCGAAACGCCAUCAUCGCCGGCGCUCAGCCUCACCAAACCCCAUCCACUCAGACAAUGAACAACAACAACCAGGCCUCAACGCCGACGCAGCCUUCCGUGAAUCUCUCUUCGAUGCCCUAGGCGACGACGAAGGCGCCGCGUAUUGGGAAUCCGUGUAUGGACAGCCGAUUCACAAUUAUGCCGUUCCGAAUGUACCCAAGGGACCUAAUGGGGAGCUGGAGCAGAUGGAUGAGGAGGAGUAUGCCAGUUAUGUGCGGACGAAGAUGUGGGAGCGUACUAGGGAGGGGAUGCUUGCUGAACAGGAGCGGUUGAGGGCUGAGAAGGCGAGGCAGAAGAGACGGGAGGAGAGGAGGGAGGAGGAUAUGAGGGAGAAGAUGCGGUUUGAGAGGGCUAUGGAGGAGAGUUUGAGGCGGGGGAAGGAGAGGCGGAGGGUUAAGGCUUGGGGGCGGGUUUGGGAGGAGUAUGUGCGGUCUUGGGGAGAGGUUGAUCGGGCUGUUGAUCAGGUUAGGGAUGGUGGCGGCGGGGAGGGGGUUAGGUUGAGAAAUUUGAUCUUUUGGCCAGUUGAGUCGGGGAAGAGGGGGGACGUGAGUAGGGAGACGGUUGAGGAGUUUAUGCGCCAUGCGCCGGGGGAGGGUUUGCUGGCGGUUUUGAAGGCCGAGCGGGUGCGGUGGCAUCCGGAUAAGAUUCAGCAUCGGUAUGGAGCUUUGGGGAUUGAUGAGGUGAUUAUGCGCAGUGUCACGGAAGUUUUUCAGAUUAUUGAUCGUUUGUGGAGUGAGAUGAAGGAGAAGCAGCAGCUGUGA